AGUUCCGUACACCACCUCACACGAGGGGGUAUUCGUGGAAAAAGAAGAAAUGAUGCGAAGAGGCGCCCCUGAGUGGUUCACGCAGGGCAAGACACGUGAACGCUUCCACCGGUACUGGCCGUGGGUGUUGAGCACCUUCUGCGCUGGUCUCUACCUCUACAACCGCGAGCCCUUCGAGGACGCUGCUAGCGCAAUCGUGACGAAGAUACGCCGGCCGCUUCUGCGGACGAUGGAGUGGAUCGAGCUGCACGAUGUCGAUCCGGAGACGAUGGCCCUUGAGCUGCCGCCAGACAUGCUCUUUGGCCCGCUGGAGUUCUCGAAGCAGAUGCGCUUCCUCCUGGCCGCGUUGAAGGCGGACAACGAGCUGGCGGACGGGUACCUGGCGCGUGUCCUCAUUGACCACAUGGACCUCUCCUUCGACCCGCCCAUCCUCUCCGAGAGUGAAUUCCUCGCUGCGGGUGGGAAGGAGCUGCUGAACUUUAGCGUGGACGACUUCACCGGCACGGGCAGCCGCGCGCAGCGGAAGCACAUCUUCUUCCAGCCCGAUCAGUUUGUGCAGUUCAUCAACGUCAUUGCCGCGUACCCGACGCUGACAGAGUACUUCGUGCGGGAGAAGGACGGCGUGGAUCUCGUGCUGCGUGCGUAUCGCCACUCCAAGGAGCCGUACUCCCGCGUGAUGGCGAUGCGCUCGCUGGCGCUCUUUUCCUUUACGCAGCCGGUCGACGGCGCGGUGGAGAAGCAAAUACUGCAGUGCAACGGUGUGAAGACGGUGGUGGACGCGUACAAGCAGAGCAGCGGCGACCCCACCGACACGCGCUUCCUGACGCUGCUGCUCUCCUCCCUCAUGCGCCACUUCCCGAAGGAGGGCGGGAAGGAGUUUAUCGACGCCGGGGGCGUGGAGGCGGCCGUGAACAACCUCAACAUCGCGCGAUACAAGGGUGUGCCGCAGCACCUGCGCGUGAUUCACGAUGCGCAGCGCCUCCCGUCGCAGGCGGUGGGGAAGGAGUCGGUGGACGCUCGAUUGGAGGACGCGGACUUUCUUGGUGUCGCCAUGGGGGUGCUCGAUGCGUUCCCUGAGUACUAUGAAGCAACAGGAGACUUGCUGAAGCUGGUGACGGAGGUGGUGCCCGCGCACGCACAGCCGUUAGAGCUGCUGGAGUACCGCGCGAUGCCCAUUCUGUCCAAGUACUACGUUAAAUGGAAGGAAGACCAGAGUUUCCAGACGGACGGCACGCGAACCCUUGUGGCGAAACUGUUUGAGUUGAUGCUGAAUGACAAGACGUGCCAGCGGUGCUACGACCCCUCCGUGGCGUCGUACGAGCUGCAAGAGUGCAUCAAGACGGCGAAGGUUGCGAUCGAAGAUGAGAAGGAGAAGCGGGUAACACUUAGUCCCGACGGCGCGUAA